AUGCUUGCCUAUUACCACGACGACGAUCUUUCUGUGGACUUCAGAGAGGACCACAACUCUGGCGAGGAGGUUUCUAUUGAGACUUUGAAAGAGGUGGGUGUGCUCUACUUCAAAUGUGGCACACAGGACGACGUGGAGACGAUUGCCACCGAGAGAGAAUACAAGAACAGGGAUAUCAUUGAUCUAUCAGCAGCAACGUUUCCAGGUGGACCAGAAGCUCUGAACGAAAAAUGCAAGAAUUUCUACUUGGAACAUCUACACGAGGAUGAAGAGAUCAGAUACAUACUGGAGGGUGAGGGCUAUUUCGAUGUUCGGGACAAGUCUGAUCGUUGGAUAAGAACAAAAUUGUUUCCUGGCGACUUGUUGAUCCUUCCGGCUGGAAUCUACCACCGUUUUACCCUGACAUCCAAGGCUUCUGUCAAGGCGUUGAGAUUGUUCAAGGACGAGCCUAAAUGGAUAGCUCUCAACCGUCCGGUGGAUGCGAACCCCACGAGGGAAUCUUAUCUUAAGUCGAUUGAGGUUUGA